UCCAUCUAGCCUAGCUAGCUAGACAUGGAGAUGGACCCACCACCCAAAAUGCUUGCCUCUCUCACCAUGACCAUACUGAUGAUGAUGAUGGCCACCUCCACCGCACUUGCGUCGGAUGCAGCGGUGCUCGAAGGACAAGCAAGAGCACUUCUCGUCUGGAAAGACGGCCUCGACAACCAAAGCCAGCAAGCCCUGCACUCCUGGGGAAACACGUCGACGCCUUGCAACUGGCGCGGCAUCAAUUGCGAUAUCGGUGUGCAGCGACACCAACAUUGGCCGGUGAUCAGCGGCAUCUCUCUACGGGGUAUGCGGCUGAGCGGAGCUCUGGAGUCCCUCAACUUCUCAGCCUUGAGGACCUUGGCAUGCCUCGACCUCUCAAACAACCUCCUCACUGGGAGCAUUCCUCCUAGUAUCGAGGUCCUUGGCGAGCUCCAUGCUCUCCUUCUGCAAGGCAACCAGAUAAGAGGCUCAAUCCCACUAGGUCUAGGAAAUCUCACAAAAUUGCAUUCCUUAAUACUUCACGAAAAUGAACUCUACGGUGAAAUACCAAGCCAGAUAGGCAACAUGAGUAGUCUUGUCACCCUCAACUUGUCAAGCAAUCAUUUGGUUGGUCAUAUCCCUUGUGAAAUAGGACACAUCAAGCACUUAGUUGCAUUAGAUUUGUCCAAUAAUAAUCUUUUUGGCAAAAUACCAAGCAGCAUAGGUGGUUUGACCGAACUCACUAGCUUGUACCUUUACGAACAAACUUUCUGGACAAAUUCCACGAGAACUAGGUUAUCUUCUGAACUUAAAGGACCUACAACUUGGCAUCAACACCCUCUCAGGUUCCAUUCCACGAAAUUUUCAUAAUUUGACCAAGCUCACUGUGUUAAUUCUACAGCUAAACAAACUUUCUGGGUUAAUUCCACAAAAAAUAGAUUACCUUUCGAACUUACAGUACCUGAGUCUUAGUGAAAACAUACUCUCGGG